CCGUGUGAGAGGGCUUUUUGUGUGCUGGGGCUACGUUACAUUGUACUGCGUCAAUGCACACACUGUGUGGUGGACUGCGGAACACACACACGCUAGACAACCAGUAGAAAACAUAUCCACCGUUCAGCCCUAAUUUCGUCAGUUUUCUGUCAUAUAUCUCACAAUUUCCAACACUAUAAUGCUCCUGGAUAUACAACAACACAACCCUUGUAAAUUUUGGUUGUUGUUGAUGGUUAUAGAUGGUAGAAGAUGGCCGUUAAAAUCAGUGAUCCAUUGUCAUAAUUUGGUCGUGGACAUGUGCGGAUACAAAAUGCGCAUAGUUGUGUCCAAAAGCGUUGCUUUUGAGUGAUACGUCAUCGCGUUGGUUAAUUGCCAAAAAUGGCUGCUCACCCAGUUACCCUUAACAACCCAUCUGAGUACCAACUUUAUAAUGUCCUUGAGCGAGCCAAUCUUCUCGGCUACUUCAAUUCCUUCAUCCAGCAGGGAGGGGACGAUGUCAAUCAACUAUGCGAGGCCUCUGAAGAGGAAUUCUCUGAGAUUCUGUCUUUGGUCGGUAUGGCGACCAAACCUUUACACAUCCGCCGUUUGCAGAAGGUGUUACAGGAAUGGGCGCAGGAGAACAACGUUGCCUUCCACCCCGCCCAAUCUAGUGCCCAGAUAAAUAAUAUGGGAUACGCCCAGUCGCUUAGUCUGCAAACGCACAACAGCCCCAUGGCGAUGGGGGCACAAUGGGGGCAGCACGCUCAAUCAACGACUCAUCAAUGGAAUCCUGGGCAGCCGUUGGGGAGUGAAUCCACCCCGAAACUCCCAAAUGAACCAUCGUCCAGUUCCUCCUUCACUCCACAGAGUAUGUCACCGCGCUCCAACCACUCCCAAGAGGGCAAGGGAUCCGGUUCCGAGGAGUACACGGACCCGAGGACGUUGAGAAGAGUUGCCCAACGCCUCAUGAUGGCUCACACUCCGGCGUCGGUAGCGCAGACGGGACAGAACAAGAAACUGUUCAGCAAUGUCCAACAUGUCCUGGAGAUGUCCAACGAUCAUCCGAGGCGAUUGGAAGAGAUCCAGAAGUGGGCUCCCAUAUAUGGACGAUUUGACUCCAAGAGGAAAGAUGACAAACCACUCACCGUCCAUGAGGUUGCAGUGAAUGAAGCUGCCAUCCUACUCUGUUGCAUUGAUCCAUUCUUACUGGUACAGAGGGAUAAGCUAUUUCCAUUGUCCAGACAAGUUGUGAGGGAAAGUGGUUAUCAGUUCAAGCACGGCCACUCCAGGUCACUCAAACACGGCCAAAGCAAAACUGAGGAAGGCAACGGAGGCAAAUGCAAACGAAUCAAGCUGGAGCCUGGAGUUGGGACGUACCGUGAGUCCGACUCCACAACUCCCAACCCAAGAACGGUCCAAGCAGAGAUCGUCAAGCUUAGAAGAGAGGAAAGGAUGAAUGAAGUUCUGAACAGCCUGAACACCAUCGUGCAGAAGCAGAGUGAUAUCAAAGCCAGUAUUGCAGCGGCUAGGUCUGAAGACAACAUCCAGCAGGUGUACGACCUGAAGGUACAGCUUGAGAAGCUGACCACCCAGCAGCUCUUACUGAUGACUGAGCAGACAGAUCUCAUUAAGAGACAGAGGCGGUCGGACAGAUACUACGUGGCCAAGGCUCGAGCCGAGGAGGAGCACGGUGACCUAGCGAGAAGCUCCGACUCUGACUCCGAUGACUCUCCCGACAAUCACCAGAAAGAUGAGAGCACCGAGCCUGACAGAAUGAGUAUGUCUGUUUCUUCAACUCCGUCCACGUUGCCGUCGACUGAAUGCCCUGCGUCACUCCAAGACAAACAGCCCAAGAAAGGCAACUCAGAUCUCACCCAGAACUUACUCAUGCAGCACACACUGAUGAAUGAGGGACUCCGCGUUGCACAGAACUAUGCAUUAGUCACUAGAGGGCGCUCAUCAUCAAAGCCCACGGAAAACGGACAACACACGGUGAAGUCGGAGAACUGUCAAGAGAUCACUGACGAGAACAAUGAGGAGGCUGUUAGUAGAGCAGCAGAGUCGACGAUAACUGCUCUGCUGAGCUUGUCCAGUAAUAACAAAAACCAACGAAUGGUGAAUAACAAUGAUGCAAAUAUGUGAUUAAAGACAAGCUCUGAUUUCGAGGUUAUGGUCUUACUACAUCCCUGUCAUUUAGUUAAACAACUCCUCAAAUUGUCAGGUUUUUUUCCUACUUCAAGUGACCUUGUUACUGAAAGAAAAACAAAGUAGCGUAUUUGCUCAAAACAAGAAUGAAAUUCCAGGCCUGAAAGGGUUACCAGCCAA